AUGAUUAAUUUAGUUAGUAUAGAUUUAUCAAAUAAUCGAAUAAAACAUAUAGCAAUUGAUGCAUUUAUUGGAUUAUCAUUAAUUGAUUUAGAAUUAACAAAUAGACUUGAAUCAAGUUAUAAUCAAAUUGAAUAUAUACAUUCAUUAGCUUUUAAUCAAACAAUUCUUAAUUAUUUAAAUUCAGCUGGAAAUUUAUUUUCAUUAUUUGAUCAAAUAAAUUCAUUUCUUUAUAAACCUAGUAUAAUUUUACAUGAUAUUCAAUUAACUGAUAAUGAUUAUUGUUUAUCAAGGUCAAUUUUUCAUAUUUUAAUUCAAACAACUUUAAUUAUUGAUAGUGAUCAUCCAUGUAAUUGUUUUCUAUUUAAAUUUAAAGGUUCAUUAGAUUUAGAAAAACUUCCAAUUUGUUUAUCCAGUGAUACAAUUAUGAAACAAUUAAGUAGGCAAUAUGCAAGUAUUGAUUUAUGUUGUGAAUCAUUUGCAAAUAGUACAACUAUUUUACCAUUUACCGAAUGGUCAUCAUCAUCUAUCGAUUCAAGUAUCAUAACCCAAACCAAUAUAAUGACAAGUUUAAUGUCCACUAAAGCCGAAACAAUUACGAAUAUUACUUCAAUAAUACGGACUUCGUCAAUUACUAUUUUAUCGAGUACUGAACAAACGAUAAUAUCUAGUAUUAUAAAGUUUAAUACAACUACGAGUACCCAUAUUGCUUUAUAA